AUGUUUGUCAAAAUUUUUGUCGUUUUCCUUUUGAUUACUAUCGCAACGUCGAAAAUUCCAUCGUACAUUCACGUAUGCGGUCGAAGGAAUCCAAAUUUUUCGGAAUGUGCAAGAAAAAGUAUAUUGGCACUUCGUGAAAAGCUAGCAGAAGGAAUGCCAGAAUUCAAUGUUCCAUCGACUAAAACUUUUGUCUUGAAUAACAUUUCGUUUGUAAAUCAAACCGAUUUCAUUGUUUCUUCUAAAAAAGCGAUGAUUUAUGGGGUGCAUGCUUUCGAAUUACCAAAACUUGACGUGGAUUUGAAGAAAAAAUAUUUUCAUGGAAAUUUCAAAUUUGAAACGUUGUUAAUCGAAUCUGAUUGUAAUUUUUAUACCAAAAUUGUAGUACCCAUAACAGGAAGGGAAACACUUAAAGCAUUCGCACAUAAUGUGACAGCAGACGUAGUUUUAAAAUUCAGAUAUACAAUGAAGGAUGGUAAAAAAUGGAUACACUUUGAUUCGGUGAAUGUUAAAAUGGACAUAAAAAAAAUAGAUAUAAAUAUUAAAAAAACUGCUGAAAACAAGAACUCCGUCUUAUCAAUUACAAUCAACACGAUUCUGGGAACCAACAAAGCUGAUAUUAUUCGCGUUGUUAAACCAAACAUUGAAAGGGAUAUCGCCAAAAAUAUAUUGACUAUAUCCAACAAUAUCGUUUCAAGUUACCCAUUGGACGAGAUUUCACCUGAUCGAGAAUAAAUGUACGAUUUUUGUUGUUUUGCGUUUUUUCUGAUCUUUCAUUUUGUUCUUUUUUUUAUACUAAUGGACUUGUCUAUUUUGAUUAUUUAUUAAUAUAUUAAAUAAUAAAACAGAAAGGAAAAAACCGAGGAAACUUAAAUUUCAAAUUUCAUCAAAAUUAAAACAAAAAUAAACAUUUUUAUAUUCUGACCACUUUUGUCAACCUUUUUAUCAUACUAUGCGUUUACCUUGUGAAUUUGUUUUUCUUAAAUAUAUUAUUUUUUGAUACAGCAUUGAUUUAUA